GGCGCCCCGCCCCACAACUCCGUACGAGACGGAUAUCCGCCAAGGCUUGUUGUUCGUCGCGCUCGCAACGAGCUCUCCGCAGCGCCUUCCGUCUCUUCACUUUCGGCAUCGCUUACGUCCUCGGGUAUACCCGACCGCUUCCGUUACUCUUGUCCAGCGCCAGCCGUAUUCUUGGUUGACUCUUGGUUUUCGAACUUCCUGGACAUGUCUGCUUCUCUGGCGACCCUUGGCAGUGCUGGCACCCCCUCAGAGGACCAACCUGAACCAUUCUUCACGCCCAGCCACGUCGAAAGUGCGCCCACACACCGCUUCAUAGAACGUGUCAACGCCAAAUACGACCUGUCCCUCGAGACGUACUACGACCUGUACCGCUGGUCGACUACCGAAAUCGACAAGUUCUGGAGCGAAACAUGGGACUUUACGGGUGUCGUGGGACACAAGGGCACACACGUAGUUGAUAUGGCUGCUACACCACCCGACAACCCGGCCUGGUUCGCAGAGGCCAGACUCAACUGGGCUGAGAACAUGCUGCGCUGUCGCUCGCCAGCGAAGACCGCGCUCAUCGAGGCCACCGAGCCACAUCCAGCUGACCCGAAGCCUGCACUCCGUCGCAUCAGCUAUGCCGAACUGUACGUGCUCGUAUCCGACCUCCUUUCGGCUCUACUUGCACAGGGUUUGAGACCCGGAGACCGUGUGGCUUCGUACUCUUCAAACUGUAUAGAAAACAUAGCUGCGUGCCUCGCGGCGACGGCCAUAGGGUGCAUAUGGGUCAGUGCCGCUGCCGACUUCGGCGCGGAGGGGGUGUUAGAGAGGUUUGAGCAAGUGCGGCCGACACUCAUAUUUUCGGUCGACGCAGUCGUAUAUAAUGCUAAGGUGCACGCACACCUGCCGAAGCUCAAAGAGCUCCUACGCGGCCUUUCAGAGCGUGCCGGGAUUAGUCCGAAGGUAGUCGUCGUCCGACAUCCAUCGCAGCCGGCGAGCACGGACACCUGGGAAACUGGUUGGGCAAACUUCGAUGACUUCGUGAAGAUUGGACGGGAGAAGGCGCUGGGGCGCACGCCCGACGGGGAAAUCGCGUGGACACGGCUCCCGUUUGACUGGCCACUGUGGAUAUUAUUUAGCUCGGGCACGACAGGGAGACCGAAACCGAUUGUCCACCGCGCAGGUGGUAUGCUCUUGCAAGCAAAGAAAGAGUUCAUGAUAUGUGGUGACCUGCGCUCAGACGAUAUAUUCUUCUACUACACAACCACUGGGUGGAUGAUGUGGAAUUGGCUCGUUCAUGGGCUGCAGGCCGGAUGCACGUUGGUGUUGUACGACGGCAGCCCGCUCAGGGACCCUACUUUCCUGUGGAACCUUGUGGAUGAACUGGGUAUUACACUUUUCGGAACUAGCGCAAAGUACAUUGAUCAGCUAUCGAAAUGCUACAGAACUCCGAGGGUGCACCACAGCCUGCGCACUCUCCGGCACAUCUACUCCACAGGCUCGCCCCUAGCUGCCCCACUGUUCGACUUUGUCUACGAGCAGAUCUCCCCGAAUGUUCUGCUGGGUUCUAUCACGGGCGGCACGGACAUUUGCUCGCUCUUUGCGGGUAUGAACACCGCCCUCCCGGUCUACCGUGGCGAGAUCCAAUGCCGGAUGCUCGGGAUGGCUGUUGAGACGUUCACUCCUGUCGGCACGCGCUGUGUUGUGGAUGAGCCGGGCGAGCUCGUCUGCGUGCGGCCGUUCCCAUGCCAGCCUGUCGGCUUCUGGCCCCUGCCCGGAUACGGCAGCGAGAAGGAUGUGCAGGCUGCGAAGGUGCGCUAUCAGCAGGCGUACUUUACCGAGUUCGCUGGAGUCUGGUACCACGGCGACCACGUUCUGCUCACCCCAUCCCGGUCAGGCAAUGGCGGGGGCCUUAUCAUGCUUGGUCGGAGCGACGGCGUGCUCAACCCUGGCGGCGUGCGUUUCGGCUCUGCCGAACUGUACGACGUGCUCGACCUGUGCUUCGCUCCGGAAGUCACGCAUCAUUCUCACACGGUUAUCGACUGUCUUGCUGUCAGCCAGAGUAUCGCUCAGGGCACGGAUGAACGCGUGCUUCUCUUUGUGAAGCUACUUGAGGGCGAGGCCCUGUCAGAGGACCUUGAAAAGAGGAUCAAGCACGAAAUUAGAACGCGGAGGACGGCGCGGCAUGUCCCUGCGAAGGUCAUUCAGGUGAAAGACAUCCCCUAUACUAUCAAUGGCAAGCGCGUGGAGGUCCCGGUGAAGAAGAUCAUCAAUGGGGCACCUGUCUCGAGCGUCAACCCGGCCACGCUCAGAAAUCCGGAAUGCCUUAUCGAAUAUGACACUCUUGGGCAAGCCCUGCGUCGAGAGAUGGCAGUCACAGCGUAAGAUGUGGCCUUCGAGGGACAAUACUUUGCUGUCGAGAAUACAAUGAGGGAUCGGUGUACAUUACCAAAGCGAGCAGAUCCCACGGGCCAUGAGGCAAAGGCUUUGGCUUUCGCCGCCAAAUUGGACCGUGUUUUGUACACGGGAAGCACCGGCAGGAUCAGGGGCGCCGCGCUCCGACAAUGGGGAAAACUUCGCUCUCGAGGGCUUAUAAGCGCGUCGCCGGUGAGGUUUUCUGGCUUUCCGAGCUGCCAUCCGGUGGCCCCUUCUGCUGCUCAGCCGCGGUGCAAGCAGUCUUCUUUCUGACCUUUCCGUCCUCAAAGAGUUGCUACGGCUCUUUCGGAAGAAAGGCUGAAAAGGCGCAUCAGGCGAGACUCAAAGCCUCGCGGCGAUUCUGAGACCCCCUUUGCCUCCCUGGAACCUCGUUUUUUUCAUCCAGGUCUCGUUCAUCGUCCGGCUGUUUGAGCCUCACGCUUGCACACUCACGGAUACUUACGAGCGACGGAAGCACACGGUAACAUGAGUGCUUCAAAUACUCAUGCGCAGGAUGGUGGUCGGCCAUCUCAGUCCAACCAGAACGGUCGACCCGCUCCCUCACUCCUCUCACUCCUCUGCUGUUGCGGGGCACUGCGUCUACGUAUGCCUUCUGUGUUCAACAUCAUCCGGGGCUGUAUCUAUGUCCUUGUCUUGAUCUGGACCAUCGUUUGCUUGGCCAUCGCGGUGCACCUCCAGAACAUCCUUAUUGCAUCCGACCUCACUCGUUUUGUUCCGUUCGCCAUCUUCGUAUGCAGCGCAAGCCUGCUUAUCCUUAUUGCUCUUCUUGGAUUCGGCCUCUGGAAGGAUAGGAACCCGAUUUCUACAAGGGUGGAACUUGGGUGUUUGGGACUCCUUGGUGUCCUUUGGCUGGCCCUCGGUGUCUUCCUCGCCUCGACAGACUCGGGAGACUCAGAUGUCGAAUGUUUCUCCUCUGCAGAUUCGACUGAAGCAGUCGAGGUCCCAGGCUGUACGUGUACCAUUUUAUCAUACCUUAUAUCAACCUGACGUCUUCCGUAGUUAACACCGACACCUUCCAUGCACAAUACCGAGUCCUCGAGGCCUUUUCAUUCUUCAAUAUCAUCCUCCUCUGGGCCUUUCUCUUGAUGCUACUUUUCCUUGCUGUCCGUCACCACCGUUGGGGCCACGCUCACGUCUGGAUCUGGUCCGUCACAGCGUUCCCCUGGUUCGCUGGUGCAAAUGCACAGACGGGCAAGGUCCAGGCGCUGCCACCGCCUGUCAACGCUAAGCGCAGCACCUCGACACGGUCGCAGGCCCAAGCCAAGUCGCAGCCUCAGCCUCAGCUGCAGCGCUCGCGCUCGGAGAAGGUGUACGCGGACAAGGCCUAUGGCGACCAGAUCUAUGUAGACCGGGCAUGGGAGAAGCCGCAGGAGCGGCGGCCCGGCCUGCAGGAGAAGCGUCCGUCGCAGUCGUCGCGGAACCACCAGCGGCGGCCGUCUGCCACGCGGCGAGACACGCCGACCAAGAACGAGGCACCGACGUACGUGUACAUGAUCCCCCACACGCAGCCUGAGCCAGCGCGCGGGGGAGAGACGGCACGGCAGGUGCGCGACAAGUACCUGCGGGAUGCAUCGCCCCGGCGGUGAUGCACGUGCCUUACUCGCUUUAUUUUUACGUCUUCCGACUUAGAUGAGGUACCGCUCAGACGGGAUAUAUUUACGGAAGGUCAUGAGCUGUAUUAUAGACCUUGUACAUACUAGGGAACAUUGGGGUCAUUGUCACUGUCACUCCUUGUAGGAUAUUAGGUUGAAUGUAUAGGGUGAUGCAGAUGCAACGCAAUAGUGAGGUUGAAGCUUACUCCUUGCACCGAC